AUGUCGUGGUUUCAAAUCCUGUCACAGCCUCUCGCAAUACUCGUGCUCCAGGUUUCCUGGUUGUGCUCGGUGGCCUCUGCUACCCAAUCUUUACUGACCACUGCCAUCAAGAUACGCAAUGCCACGGUGAAUGACGCAGAGCAAAUCACCUGCAUCAUACAAGAAGCCUUCCGUGGAGCACCGCACGUCAAGUAUGUCAACGAGUUCAUGGACCUCCACCCCCGCCACCUUUUCAACUGUCUUCUUGGUGGGGUGAGCACGAUGCUUGACAAUCCCGAUGUGAUGAUCCAAGUCGCCCUUCUACCCAAUAACAGCGCCCCACACGACUUAGUACCUGUAGGAGUCGCAAUCUGGGAGUUCCCUGAAGCAUGGCCUCGGAUUUCACCUUCCUGGACAAGUGGACUUUUCCUUCAUUCACCAGACGCCCUGGAAAUGGACGAAGAUUGUCUUCUCAUCGUCAAUAUCAGCCGCGCCAUCGACUUCGACCAUCAAUUCUCAGCAGCGCAGCGUGAUUACCUUGACAAGUCGUACCCAAAGUCGCAGCAGUAUUACCUCAAUACACUUGGUACACAUCCUGACUACCAAAGACGAGGAGCGGGUGGAGCGUUGGUCAACUCUGGCAUUGAAGUCGGCAAGAAAAGCAAUCGUAACGAGAAUGUUACAGCAACGUUGAUUGCUACUGAAGCUGGCGAGCCGCUGUACCUACAUCUGAGCUGGGAAAGCAUUAAAAAUUUCACAGUGAAGAGUAUGGACGUCGUGGCUGGGGUAAGAGAGCAGUGGCGUUUUGAUAUCAUGAAACAUGAUAUUUAG